AUUAACUGUUUACGUAAAGGUUGGGUGCCGAGGAGGAAGAGAUCAAGACCGGUUUGGCAACCGCAAGCACGCUUCAACCGGUUCAAGGGUUUCCGUAACGGUCAACUACCGUUAAAGAUGACGGAAAGAGCGCGCGCCGUCUACAACACCGUUGGCCACAGAAAGCUUCUCCAAACGGACGGAGACGCACUCAGCGUUAUGGUGAGCGACACCGUGAUAGUGAGUCAAGACGGAACGGGGAACUUCAGCAGCAUAAACGACGCCGUAUCAGCAGCGCCCAACAACACAAACGGCGCUAACGGCUACUUCUUGAUAUACGUGAUGGAGGGAGUGUACGAGGAAUACGUGUCGAUCCCAAAGAACAAGAAGUACUUGAUGAUGAUCGGCGACGGGAUCAACCGUACGAUCAUCACCGGAAACCGUAGCGUCGGUGAUGGAUGGACCACCUUCAAUUCCGCCACAUUUAUUGUGGUGGCACCGAACUUCAUAGGUGUAAACAUGACGAUGAGGAACACGGCGGGGCCGACAAAGGGUCAGGCCGUGGCGUUGAGGAGCGGCGGAGACCUCAACGUGUUCUACAGUUGCAGCUUCGAAGCCUAUCAAGACACUCUAUACACACAUUCCCUUAGACAGUUUUACCGUGAAUGCGAUGUUUACGGUACGGUCGAUUUUAUAUUCGGAAAUGCCGCCGUCAUCUUCCAAAAUUGCAAUUUAUUUCCACGUCAGCCUCGUCAAGGCCAAGGCAAUGAGGUUACCGCCCAGGGCCGCACUGAUCCCAACCAGAACACAGGUAUCUAUCUCAUCACAUCGG